GUCCAUAUCCUAUAUCGUUGCCGAUGAAGAUGCUUAGCGUUAUUGGAUUACCUUCCGAUGAAAGUUAUAUAAAGCAACCCAAUACCUAUGGUCAGUAGCUUUAACGAUUAUUGCUCAAUUCUAAAUUAUUAUCAUGGUUUCGGUUCCUUAUCAUAAUUCAAUAUAUUCACAGAGAUGUUUUAAGAAUUCGCAAGUCAUAUCCUUUUGAUAAUCACUUUAGGCGGAAGACGUACAUUAUUCGCCUUAUGAGACGAGGCAGUAUAGUGACAGACGUGUGGUAAGAAACUUGUGCGCGAUGCUGAAUCAUAUAAUUCUGUUAAUCCUGGCGACGCUAGCCAGUCGCGACGUAGGCGACUGUGCACGCAUCCUCGGACUUUUCCCUCACACCGGCAAGAGCCACUUUAUGGUCUUCGAGCCCCUUUUACGAGCGCUCGCUGAACGCGGUCAUCAUGUUACUACCGUCUCCUUUUUCCCGCUCAAAAAUCCACCAUCGAAUUACACGGAUGUGGUAAUCGAAGGUGCUAUGCAAGACGGUCUGAGCUCGUUAGAUAUGUCCAUGUUCGAAACAUCUACUCCGCUGAUGAAAGUUCCACUUUUAAAUACAAUACUAAAGAAUAUAUUCGAAAUGGAAAUGUCCGCACCAUUAGCCUUGGCGACGUGCAAAAGUAUUAUACGUCAGUCAUCUGUGAUAGAAGCCUUUAAGCAAAAGUACGACGUGCUUAUUGUAGAAAACUUCAACAGCGAUUGCAUGCUAGGACUUGCCCAUGUUUUCGGUAUUAAAGCGCCCAUCGUAGGUAUUUCGUCUUGUGCUAUCAUGCCAUGGACUUACGCCAGAUUCGGUUUACCUGAUAAUGCCUCUUAUAUUCCCUUGGUAACUACAGCAUACUCAAGUUAUAUGACGUUUAUUCAACGACUGGAUUCAUUUAUUUCGAAAUUGUACGUGGACGGCAUGUACCAUAUGAUACAAAAUAAAGAGCGUUCUGUGAUUGAGAAGCACUUUGGUGUCAAGAUUCCGGACUUGGAAGAAAUAGGCAAAAAACAAACAUCAGUGUUGUUGGUGAAUACUUUUCCCACGCUUAACGGGGUUCGACCCACUUUGCCAUCUAUUAUAGAAGUUGGAGGUAUGCAUCUAGAUCAUUCAAGAAAAGUAUUACCAUCGUAUAUCGAGAAAUUCCUCAACGAGUCGGAACACGGCGUCGUACUUUUGAGCUUCGGUUCUUUGAUCAAGACGUCUACCAUUCCCAAGUACAAAGAGGACAUCAUAGUGAAUGCGCUAUCCAAGUUGAAGCAGCGGAUCAUCUGGAAGUUCGAGGGGAGCGCGGAGGAGGGCACGCUCACCGGCAACAUCCUCAGAGUCAAAUGGCUGCCUCAGUAUGAAUUGCUACAGCACAAGAAAAUAAUAGCUUUCAUAUCACAUGGCGGUCUAUUGGGCAUGACGGAGGCGAUCUCUGCCGGCAAGCCGAUGGUGGUGGUGCCGUUCUUCGGGGAUCAGCCCGCCAACGCCGAAGCGGCGGCUGUCGCUGGCUUAGCUACCACUGUACCCUACAUUGAACUCACAAAAGAAAGACUUACUAAAGCAUUAGAUUUUGUGAUGAGCGAUGAAACUAAAUCAAAUGCCAAACGCGUAUCGAGCAUUUGGCGCGACAGACAAGCGGACCCUCUAGAGACAGCGGUGUACUGGACUGAGAGAGUGAUACGCUGGGGCCAUCAUGCGCCACUGCACUCGCCAGCAAGAGACAUGCCUUUGUACCAAGUCGCCUUACUUGACGUUAUCGCCACAUUAGCUGUCGCCAUUUUUAUUUUAUUGGCGAUAUCAUGGUACAUUUUGUCAAAAGUUUUUCGACUUUUAUUUGCUAGAGAAAGUAAAUUAAAAAUGCAUUAGUUAUAAAACUAAAUAAUAGUGAGAGCUUCUUAACGCAACAUUUUGCAUCAUUUACGCAAUAUAUGGUCUGUUUUUAGUGAUUAAGUAUGACUAAACAAUAUUUAUCAACAACAUUGCGUUACGUAUUUUUAUAUUAACACUAGCUUUUGAUCGCGACUUCCACUGACCGUGAGGAAUUAAAAUAAUCUAGUAAUAGAUGUGUACCUUAUCAACUUUAAAAGCAUUUGUCAAAUCAGUUUAGUACGUUUAAAAUCUUUUCAAUAAAAACAAACAAUCAAAGUUUCUUAUAGAUAAUGAAUUGCUAAAAUCCAUUAUCAAUAUAUAAGUAUA